AAGCAUAAUUUCAAAGUCACUCUCACCCUCAAACAUGUCAAAGCAAACAUACAAAGUAUGUUGGUGUUUCCGGCGUAGGUUCAAAAUGGGCGAAGCUGGUCCUCCAGCCGAUGUCAAGGAACUCUUUAGUCAAUAUGCAGAGAAUGGUGUCAUGACUGCUGAACAUUUGCAACGGUUCAUGGUCGAGGUACAAGGAGACGAUAAAGCGACCAAAGAAGAGGCUGAGGCUAUCAUCGAUGCUACUAUCAAAGAGCUUAAACACCUUCCGAUCUUUCAUAGGAGAGUCUUGAAUCUCGAUGCAUUUUUUCGGUACUUGUUUGGUGACUCUAAUCAUCCUCUACCUUUUCCUCCUAAGGUGAUGCAUGAUAUGGAGGCUCCAUUGGCACAUUAUUUUAUCUACACGGGCCACAAUUCGUAUCUAACAGGCAACCAAAUAAGCAGUGACUGUAGCAUUGUGCCCAUCAUUGAAUCCCUUAAGAGAGGUGUUCGAGUCAUUGAGCUCGAUAUGUGGCCUAAUUCUACCAAAGAUGAUAUUGAUAUCGUCCAUGGAGGGACACUAACAGCGCCGGUCAAAUUAGACAAAUGCUUAGAAGCCAUUAAGACGUAUGCGUUUGUGGCAUCUGAUUAUCCUGUCAUCCUUACUCUUGAAGAUCAUCUUACUCCUGAUCUUCAAGCUAAAGUCGCAAAGAUGGUGAUGGAAACAUAUGGAGAUGUCCUGUAUACUUACACUGGACCCGACACUAUGAAAGAUUUCCCUUCUCCGGAAUCACUUAAGAAACGGAUUGUUGUCUCCACUAAACCACCAAAGGAGUAUCUUGACACCACCAAGAGCAUGAAAGAAAAUGAUGAAGGCUCAUUGAAAAUGAAAGCCUCAUCUGAAGAGGAUGUAUGGGGUGUGGAAUUAUCAGAGCCUCGCGAGAAACAAACAUUGUUAGAUGAGGAUCACAAAGAUGAAGAGUUUCAAUAUGAAGAAGAGACUGUGAAACAAAAUAUGGAGCCGGAGUACAAGGAAUUGAUCGCAAUUCAAGCAAAGAAAUUAAAAGGAGGAGUGAAAGACUGGCUACACGACGAUCCUACUGCAGCUAAGCGGAUUAGCCUGAGGGAAACACGACUUGAAAAAGCCAUUGAGAAUCAUGCAACCGAUGUUAUUAGGUUUACCCAGAGGAACUUGUUAAGGGUGUUUCCAAAAGGAUCACGAGUUGACUCAUCAAACUACAAUCCUUUAAUUGGUUGGAGUCAUGGGGCUCAAAUGGUUGCAUUUAACAUGCAGACCCAUGGUAGGUCAUUGUGGUUGAUGCAAGGAAUGUUCAGGGCCAACGGAGGCUGUGGGUAUGUGAAAAAACCAGAUUUGUUUCUCAAAAAUGGCCCCGAUGACAAGACCUUUGAUCCUAAAGCAACACUUCCUGUAAAAAAGACUCUCAAGGUUAAAGUUUACAUGGGGGAUGGAUGGCAUUUGGAUUUCAAAAGAACACAUUUUGACAUUUAUUCACCACCAGAUUUCUAUGUCAAGGUUGGAAUUGCUGGAGUUGAAGCUGAUUCAUUGAUGAAGAAAACGAGGAUCAUACAAGACGACUGGCAACCAAAAUGGGAACAAGAGUUUGAGUUCCCAUUGACGGUUCCAGAGCUUGCAUUGCUUCGGGUUGAGGUACAUGAAUAUGACAUCGGCGAAAAGGAUGAUUUUGGAGGACAAACUUGUCUUCCUGUUUUUGAACUACGGUCAGGGAUUCGAGCUGUACCACUUCAUGAUCAAAAGGGUAAUAGAUACAAAUCUGUGAUGCUUCUUAUGAGGUUUGAAUUUGUAUGAGUUGUUUUAUCUAUUUACGUGUGGUUCGUAUUUGUAUAAAUCAAUGUAUGGUUUUUGUAAAUGUAUAAGAUAUAGAAAAAUUACGUUUGUAAACAAUAUAUGAUUCAAAAUUUACAAUAUGUCAAACAUCAUCUA